AUUAGAAUGCAAACACCAGAGCCGUAGACAAUGCACUACAAAAUCAGGAGUAGAAGUCGCGAUACUUCCAAACUUAAGUGAUUUAAGCAAUUUAAAGUAGAUUGAUGGCUAGAUCAACUACCGAUAGUAGUAGCAGUGGGAGUAGCAGUGGGAGUAGCAGCAGCUCUUCUUCUUCUAGUUCAUCAAGUAGCAGUAGCUCAUCAGGGAGUUCUUCAAGCAGUGGAUGCCACUUCCACUAUGAAAUCGGAGACAAAAUAGACAAAUAUGUGAUAACGAAAUAUUUAUGUUCGGGCACAUUCGGAAUGGUUUUAGAAGUGAUUGACCAACAGGGAAACCCAUAUGCUGUGAAAGUUAUUAGAUUAAUAUUCAGAUCUUGAGCGAAACUGAUCAUACAGAAGU